AAAGAGAAAUUGACUAAUUAGCAAUGCGCACUAAAACUUGACGGUUCUUUAUAAAGGGGACUGCUUUUCUAAGAUGUUUGACUGCGCAGUCAUUUACGCACGACAAUUUUACAAUAGCCUUGAGCCAUAAUUUUAAAACUCUCUCCAGCAUCCAGCCCCUUCAUGGUCACUCUUCACUGGCGAUGCACGACCGUUUCUCUCCCCAACCGUGGAUUUCCUAUUACUCUUGUUACGACUCACUGAAUCCCAGGCCCAAGGAUAAUGAUGUGUUGUUUCUUGGUAGCAUAAUUUGUCACACGUACAUUUUUUUGCGAAAGCUGCUCUCAGACUUCUUGCUGGUGCUAAUUCUGGAGACAGUAUAUCAAAUGAUGAACGACAAAAAAACCUCGCAAGCGUAACUGCUGAAGUUGCAACGCGUGGAGCUUGAUCGGAUACGGAUUUUACUGGGGGAUCGAAGCAAAGAGAAGGUAAAAAAAGGAGAGAAAAAAAUAUAUAAAAGUGAAGAUCUCUGAUCGAAGUGGACGCUAGUUUGCAGCCCAGUGUACACAGGUAAGUUUGUGGCCUCGGCGUUGGUGACGAGUAGGAACACAGGGGAGAUGAGGCGGUGACAGGUGCUUUGGUGAAUAAACAAGAUUGUAAGAAUCCAUUGAAUCCAUGGACAGGGGCCACUGCUAAAUUUAAACAGAUCCGUGCAAUGUGGUACUAUGCACCAUGGAAGCUCGGCGGCUUGACUUAGUAAGGCGCUGCUUCCGAUUUUUGAAGUUUAUUUCUGUUAAGAAUCUGACCCCUGACGUCUGUUAUUACACACACUUAAAGUACGGGUCUUUAUAUAUGAACUGGUCGUAUUUAAAAAAAAAAACAUCAUUAGAUAACAUGCAACUUUAACUAUUUCAUUCGCGGUCCGCUAAAGAAAAAAAAAACCUUGAACGCAAAAGGCUCCGCGAUUUAAACCCGAUAUGUUUCUUUAAUGUUUAUUAUGGGGAACAUGCGGGGUGACUUCCAAUCGCGGUGUGCGGCUUAAAACCGAGCAAAUAUAAAGGCAAAAUUAGCGGAAGGGGCUUAAAUCCGGAGAGAUUUCGCAUACAAUACGCGUCUUUUGUAACACGAAUAAAACAUUUUUUCUCUGCCCUUUAAUGAAGCGUUGGUCCGAGAAACCUCGCUUUACUUACAUGGACAUUUUGUCACGGGGAAUGAAUGACUAUGAAAUUGACUGUGUGAAAUGUGUGCUCCCUUUUUUUUUAAGGAGGUGUCCCAAGUUAGAUAUCAUGUCAAGAUCUGGAGACAGGACGUCCACCUUCGACCCUUCUCACAGUGAUAACCUCCUACACGGCCUCAACCUACUGUGGCGAAAGCAGCUUUUCUGCGAUGUGACUCUGACAGCCCAAAGCCAGCAGUUCCAUUGCCACAAAGCCGUGCUGGCUUCCUGUUCCCAGUAUUUCCGAUCGCUCUUCUCCAAUAGCCAGUGCAAGGAGAGCACAAACGAUUCGGGGAACCGGACCCCUUCCUCCCCGGCCGAGGAUAUCACCAGGUCCAUCAACAACAUCGUCCUGCAGGGCUGCUCGGCCACCGGGGUCUGCCUGGUGCUGGAGUACAUCUACACGGCCAACAUGACACUCUCGCUGGACACGGUGGAGGACGUGCUGUCCGUCAGCAAGAUCUUGCACAUCCCCCCGGUCACUAAACUCUGCGUCCAGUUCCUCAACGACCAGAUAUCGAUGCAGAACUACAAGCAAAUCUGCCAGAUUGCUGCCAUCCACGGGCUGGACGAGACCAAGAAGCUGGCCAACAAGUACUUUGUGGAGGACAUCCUGCUGCUGAAUUUCGAGGAGGUGUGCGCCAUGAUGGACUCAAUGCCGCCACCUGUGGAGUCGGAGCUCGCUCUUUUUCAGAUGUCCGUGCUGUGGCUUGAACACGACCGGGAGACCCGCAUGCAGUACGCGCCGGACCUGAUGAAGCGGCUCCGCUUCGCCCUCAUCCCCGCCACCGAGCUGGUGGAGAGGGUGCAGUCCGUCGACUUCAUGCGGAGCGACCAGGUCUGUCAGAAACUCCUGCUGGACGCGAUGAACUACCACCUCAUGCCGUUCAGGCAGCACUGCCGCCAGAGUCUGGCCAGCAGGAUUCGUUCCAGUAAGAAACUCUUGUUAUUGGUCGGUGGAUUGCCUCCUGGUCCAGAUCGACUUCCAAGCAACUUAGUUCAGUAUUAUGAUGAAGAGAAGAAAACAUGGAAAAUUCUUACAAUAAUGCCUUACAACAGUGCCCAUCACUGUGUUGUGGAAGUAGAAAACUUCCUGUUUGUACUUGGAGGAGAAGACCAAUGGAACCCAAAUGGGAAACAUAGCACUAAUUUUCUCAGCCGGUAUGAUCCUAGGUUUAACAGUUGGAUACAACUUCCCCCUAUGCAAGAAAGGCGAGCCAGUUUCUACGCCUGUCUUCUGGAUAAACAUUUGUAUGUGAUCGGUGGAAGGAAUGAGAGUGGUUAUUUGUCAAGCGUUGAAUGCUACAAUCUGGAAACCAAUGAGUGGUGUUACCUGUCCUCCUUGCCACAGCCUCUGGCAGCUCACGCCGGUGCCAUGCACAAUGGAAAGAUUUACAUAUCAGGAGGCGUUCACAAUGGGGAAUAUGUGUCAUGGCUGUACUGCUACGACCCAAUCAUGGAUGUGUGGGCCAGAAAGCAAGACAUGAACACCAAGCGGGCCAUUCACGUUCUGGCGGUGGUGAAUGGUCGUCUGUACGCUAUUGGGGGAAACCAUUUAAAAGGUUUCUCACAUCUUGAUGUGAUGCUCGUUGAAUGUUAUGACCCUAAAGGUGACCAAUGGAACAUUCUCCAAACUCCUAUCUUGGAAGGUCGCAGUGGCCCGGGAUGCGCUGUACUUGACGACAAUAUUUAUCUUGUUGGUGGAUACAGCUGGAGCAUGGGGGCCUACAAAUCAUCUACAAUCUGCUACAGCCCUGAGCAAGCAACUUGGACAGAAUUGGAAGGGGAAGUUGCUGAGCCAUUAGCAGGCCCAGCAUGUGUAACUGUUACAUUGCCAGCCUGUGUGCCGUACAGUAAAUAAAACAUUUUGUCAGUUCACAACAUUAAUAUAAACACUGAAGACAAUUUAUUUAAAUGAUAUCAAGUGCAAAGUACUGAAUUCUUACUCCCAAACACAUUUAAUGUUUGAAAUGUGCUUUUUUACUAUGGUAAUUUAUGACUGAAAAUAAUGUUAUGUAAAUCUUUGUAUCUUUCAGAAGAAAGGCAUGAACAAGUAAAAUAACUGAUGUAGUAGAAUAUAACAAAAUGUAAAUUUUGUACAGGAUAAGAAAGUGUAAAUGAAGCUUGUCUGUUGAAAACCUACUUAAAUAAAAACUUAAAAUGCUGUGUUUUAUCUUCAUUGCAGAGUUAGAAAUAAUUAUUGUCUGAACUUAUCUUCUGUUUGGUAAAGUAAAUGGAUUUAUUCUGAACUCAUGUUUGCAUUGUAUAGGGAAAUGAACAACAUAUUAUGAACUAAUGUUCACAGUAUACACUCAUAUUUUUACAUCCACUAUUACAUUAAAAAUAUUUUGGUUGGCAUGGUAGCGUAGCUAUAGAGCUACUGCCUUACAGCGUAGGAGACCCGGGUUCGAUCCUUACUAUGAGAGCUGUUUAUACAAAGUUUGUACGAUCUCCCCAUGACCUGCGUGGGUUUUCUCUGAGAUCUUCAGUUUCCUCCCACACUCCAAAGACAUACAGGUUUAUAGGUUAAUUGGCUUGGUAUAGAUGUAAAUCGCCCAUAGUGUGCAGGAUAGUUAAUGUGUGGGGAUCGCUGGUCGGUGCAGACUUGGUCGGCCAAAGGCUCUACCACACUGUAUAUCUAAUCUAAACUGAAACUAAAGAGAUAAUGUGGUUAUAAUAUCCCUUCUUCAUCAUGACCAUGGUUAUAUCAGGUUCUCUAUAUGUGUAAUUGAAGUUUAACCCAAUGGUAUGUCAUGGGAAAGUGGGGGUUAUAACUGUGCAGAUAACAGUAGUUGCACUGGGUUCCAGAUUAGAUAAUUUUUUCUUCAUAAGGAAUUGCUUUUGCAUGGAUUAGAAAGACCAGCCAGUGUUGUCCUUCCAGGUCUACAGGACUGCAUCCCAAAAUGGUUGGAAAUGGAGAUAUGAGCAGAGUAAAUAGCACAAUAUUUAGUUUACUUUAGUUUAUUGUCAUGGGUUCCGAGUAAAAAGCUUCGUCAUGUGCUAACCAGUCAGCAGAAAGACCACAUGAUUAUAAUCGAGCCAUCCACAGUGAAAAGCUACAUGAUCAAGGCAAUAUCAUUUAGUGAGAGAUAAAGUCCAGUAAAGUCUGAUUAAAGAUAGUCCGAUGGUCUCCAUUGCAGAAGAUAGUAGCUCGGAAUCAAUGUACCUUUCUUGUCAUGUUCCAAUCAAUUAAUAUGAACUUAGGAUCACGAUACAAUUUUAUAAUUGCAAAUGGGAAUGUGCACCAUGAACUG